AUGGAGAAGGAGAGAGAGAAGCAAGUGUACUUGGCUAAACUCAAUGAACAAGCCGAGAGAAACGAUGAGAUGAUUGAACCAAUGAAGAAAGUUGCGCUCAAUGUGGAACUCAUAAUCCCUGAGAGGAACCUGUUAUCUGUUGGAUACAAGAAUGUGAUUGGUGCUAGGAGAGCGUCGUGGAGAAUCCUCUCUUCGAUUGAGCAGAAAGAAGAAUCCAGAGGACAUGAAGAGAACGCAAAGAGGGUCAAACAUUACAGGACUAAAGUUGAAGAUGAGCUCUCCAAGAUCUGCUAUGACAUUUUGGCCGUCGUUGAUAAGCAUCUUGUCCCAUCGGCGACUUCAGGAGAAUAUACUGUUUUCUACUACAAGAUGAAAGGAGACUAUUUCAGAUACUUGGCAGAGUUUAAGUUUGAUUCUGAUCGUGAUGAAGCUGUUAAACAAUCACUCAAAGCUUAUGAGGCCUCAACGACCACAGCUACCUCUGAAUUGGGUCCUACUCAUCCGAUCAGACUGGGCUUGGCUCUGAACUUCUCUGUCUUCUACUACGAGAUCAUGAAUUCUCCAGAACGAGCGUGUCAUUUGGCGAAGCAAGCGUUUGUUGAAGCCAUUGCUGAGUUAGAUAGUCUUAAUGAAGACUCUUACAAAGACAACACACUUAUCAUGCAGCUCCUCAGAGACAACCUCACUUUAUGGACCUCUGAUCUAGAGGAAGGAGGUGAACAAUCUAAAGAGGACAAUUCGCAAGAUGAGGUAAGCAAAUCUAUGGAACAACUUUCCACUUUUUCAUAA